UAUAUGAGUAAUUUUAAAAGAAAUGAUAAUUCUAAAAAAGAAGAUCAAUACAAAGCUUAUUUUGGACAUCCUGAAUUAGAUGCUCUUUUGGGUAACACUCUUUUGAAAGGAUAAAUCAUUUUCAUUGAAUAAGAUUCACCAACAACUAUCUAUAAAUAAUUCUUAAGAUAUUGUAUUGGCAAUUCAUUUCAUAAAAAUCACGUUUCUAUCAUUUUUGAUGAAUUUUGUGAAUAAUGGGCUAGAAUUAUACCCAAAAAAUAAGUAGAGACUUUGUAACAUUAAGAAGAAAAAGAUGUAUAAAAUAAAAUUGCAUGGAGAUAUAAUCAAAUGUAAUAGUAAUUUACUAUUAAAAAUAUUGAUUCAUCUAUUUAUUAUUUGGAUUUAUCGAAGUCAGAAACAGAAUAAACAGUUGAAAAUCAUUUAAAACUUAACAAUUAUAAUGAAAUAAACAAUUUAUAAUAAUUCUUGCAAAUUAUUACUAAAUAAUAUGAAAAAUCAUUAAAAACAAGUACAGAUUCAACACUUAAAAAAUUAAUUAUAAAUGAUUUUUGGGAUAAAGUACCUUAUAAUUAAUAAGAGCUCAAUUAAUUUCUAUACUCUUUGAAGGUUUUGGUUCGUUCUUCUUUUAUGUUAUGUGUAAUUACUCUUCCAGAAAGAAGAACAGAUUUAAUGUAAUUUUGUGACUUUUAUAUUACGAUUACUUAAUUAUUUGGCAAUAAAGAAUUUUCAGAUUUCUAAGGAAUGAUUAAAUUUGAUAAAGUUGGAUGGAGUGGCUCUCUUAAAUAGGUACAAUUAGAUAAUGAUAAAUGGGGUAUUAAAAUUACAUAGAAAUCAUUAAAAAUAGAAUAAUUAUAUGAAACUGCUAUAGAGGAUGAUUCUGAUGAAGAUUAAAAAAAUAAAAAUAAAAUUGAGCAAUUUUGA